AGUUCAGCAGGCAGGCAGCUGGGAUAGAGUCAUGCUGCGGCUCCUCCUUCUGGUGGCCCUCUCGGCCAGUGCCCUGGGCCAUGACUACGGGUACGGCCACGGGUAUGGAAGUAUCAACUUGAGGCCCUACUGGCACGCCAGGUACCUGGCUCCGAUCCGCCUGCGUUACCCGGGCAUCACCGACUCUACCGCCAGUUACAUCGCGUACUACAUCCUAAACUACCCGUCCCGGCUGAUCUUGCCCCACCUCCGUCUGCAGAAUAUCGUCUACGGGAGGCCGGUGCCGGUUCAAUACUGGGUCACCUACAUCACCUCGCUGAUCGACCUGCUGCCACCUGUGUUCUAUCAAGGCACAUACGGCUCCCAUCUGAGCACCUAUGUGAACCAGUACUACCCAGGCGUUGUCAACAGCGGGCUGUACUUGAGCCACCUGGCGCUGUGCGACAUCUACUUUGCCAACCACCUUCUGGCACCCAUCUCCUGGAACGCGUUCAGAGGCUUCUACGGCCAGUACGUCCUCCAUCACGGCCACGGCAAUGCGUUCCCGGCGCUGGGUGUGAUUGCGUCCCGCCUGAGUGGCUACAACUAUGGGGUGGACAGGUACUUCCGCAGGAUCAGCCUUCCUUCUCUCCUGCAUGGGAAGAACCACAUCCGGUUCCCGACGCUGCCCGUGUUCCGCCCGUCGUCGCUCGUGUACCAGCGGAUCACGCAGCGUGGCGUGUACCGGUACGUGAAUAGCUACUACCCGUACGGCUGGUCGCGCUACAUCAACCGGCUCAGGUCGUACAAGUUCCCCACGACGACGACCAUCUCCACCUCUUCGUCAUACUUCAGUGGGCUGCCGCACCUGUCCUUCCUGACCAGCCCGGUCAUCCAGCGUGACCUGAUCUCCGUGCUGCGUCUCGCUUCUCCAGCUACCCGUCCGGUAUCAUCUACAGCAAGAGGUUGCGGUUCCCCACCUUCGUCCGUGGUUUCCUCCGCCAAUGUGACGUGA